GGCUCGUGGUCGAGGCGCGCGGAGUUCCACGCACUGGGCAGCGCCUCCGCCGCUCUCUCGCUCGCCUGGACCGGCAGCCCGGGGUGGUUUCCUUCGAGCGGAGCCGUUCUCGCCAAGGGAGGAAGGGCGCCCGGUCAUCCCGCCUCCUGGAGGCUGAUUCUCAGCGCGGCGGCAGACCGACCGGCAUCACCGCCAUCCCUUGACAGCAUCUUCUCCCCACGGGGCAAAAGCAGCCGCCGGUUUAUUUUUUCAUCUCGGGAAAGUUCCAGUGCAACCGUGCACCAUUUCACUGUGGACACUAUACCCUUUGAUAGAGAUGGGAGAUAUGGGCGACCCACCGAAAAAAAAACGGCUGAUUUCCUUGUGCGUCGGUUGCGGCAAUCAAAUCCAUGACCAGUAUAUUCUGCGAGUUUCCCCGGAUUUGGAAUGGCACGCGGCGUGUUUGAAGUGCGCGGAAUGUAACCAGUAUUUGGACGAGACUUGUACGUGCUUUGUAAGGGAUGGGAAAACCUACUGUAAGCGAGACUAUAUCAGGUUAUACGGCAUCAAGUGCGCCAAGUGCAACAUCGGCUUCAGCAAGAACGACUUCGUGAUGCGCGCCCGCUCCAAAGUGUACCACAUCGAGUGCUUUCGCUGCGUGGCCUGCAGCCGCCAGCUCAUUCCAGGGGACGAGUUCGCGCUGCGAGAGGACGGCCUGUUUUGCCGGGCAGACCACGACGUGGUGGAAAGAGCCAGCCUCGGUACCGGGGACCCCCUCAGCCCCCUGCACCCGGCCAGGCCGCUCCAGAUGGCAGCAGAACCUAUCUCCGCCAGGCAGCCGGCCCUCCGGCCCCACGUCCAUAAGCAGCCGGAAAAGACCACCCGCGUCCGGACCGUCCUCAACGAAAAGCAACUCCACACUUUGAGGACCUGCUACGCCGCCAAUCCCCGGCCCGACGCCCUCAUGAAGGAGCAGCUGGUGGAAAUGACCGGCCUCAGCCCCAGAGUGAUCCGGGUCUGGUUUCAGAACAAGCGCUGCAAGGACAAAAAACGGAGCAUCAUGAUGAAGCAGCUGCAGCAGCAGCAGCCCAACGACAAGACGAACAUCCAGGGGAUGACGGGCACUCCCAUGGUGGCAGCCAGUCCGGAGAGACAUGACGGCGGCUUGCAGGCGAACCCGGUGGAGGUGCAGAGUUACCAGCCACCCUGGAAAGUCCUCAGUGAUUUCGCCUUGCAGAGUGACAUAGAUCAGCCGGCUUUUCAGCAACUCGUAAGUGUCAAUUCCCUGCAGUCGUGA